CCCAAUUGUUAGGGCAUAGCAGCUAGCUACCCAAUCUGCUGCCAUGAAAUCGGGAGGACUACAAGGCUUUCAAUUACAGAGAAAGAGAAAGGGGAAGAAGCUUGUAAUAGAGAAGAUGACACAUCAGGUUAGCUUUGAAGCAGAUCUGGCUCAAGCAGUGGCAGGUGACUCCAUUAAUGACAACAAUAUCCAGAAUUGCAAUAAGGGUAUCAUAGUGAAAGACAACAUCAGAGACACAGAAGCUUUAUGGAAUCGAAUUAAGGAUCUGGGGGUCUCAACAACAGGGGAUGAAAUACCGGUGCUGCGCAAGCUUGAGGAGAUGGAAUUGCGAGAUAAAGGGGUUGGGAGGUUGUGGGAAAAAGAGAGAAGUGCGGGAGCUGCAAAGUGGAAAGAGCAUGAUAUUAAAGGAUGGGGUGGGUUCAUUUUAAAGGAGAAAAUGAAGAGAACAAAGGAAUUUCUGCGAGAGUGGUCAAAGGCAUCCCUCCAAGAAGUGGAUAGGAAGAUUGAUGAAGCCAGGGAGAUGAUAAAUAGGAUAGAUGGCAAAGGGGAUAAUGACAGCUUAACAGAUGAAGAUAUUCUACUUAGAAAAUGCCAACACACUGAGUUGUUAAAGAACAUGCAAAUGAAAGAAGAGAUGGCUCAGCAGAGAGCACGAAAAAUGUGGUUGAAAACAAGAGACGCUAACACCAGAUACUUCCAUAAUUCUAUUAAGGGGAGAUGGCGCAGGAAUGAAAUUAAUGAAAUAUCCAUAGGAGGCAAGGUAGUGAAGCAAGUGGAAGAUAUUAAAGAAGGUAUCAUGAAGUACUAUGCAAGCUUGUUUAUUGAUGAAGGAUGGAAGAGGCCAACUUUAGAGGGGGUGAACUUCAAGUCAAUAUCAGAGGCAGACAGAUGUAUGCUCACACAACCGUUCACUGAAGAUGAAGUGAAAUUGGCAGUCUGGAAUUGUGACAGCUCCAAAGCACCAAGCCCAGAUGGGUUUAGCUUCGGCUUGUUAAAGAAUGAAUGGGAGGUGAUAAAAACAGAUGUCAUGAAGUUCCUCACAGAUUUCCAUAAAAAUGGCAGAUUGGUAAGGGGAUCAAAUGCCUCAUUUCUCGUCUUAAUACCAAAGACAGAAAAUCCCCAAGGCAUAGAGGAGUAUAGACUUAUCUCUCUAAUUGGAUGCACUUACAACAUUCUGGCCAAAUUGUUAGCAAAUAGACUCAGCAAGAGAAUGGGCUUCGAUAACAUCUGGAGAGGAUGGAUAUCGGAAUGCUUAAAAACUAGCAUGGUGUCUGUUCUAAUUAAUGGAAGCGCCACCAAAGAGUUUGCCAUGUCAAGGGGGCUCAGGCAAGAAGACCCGCUAGCCCCGUUCCUAUUUUUGAUAGUGGCAGAAGCUAUAAAUGGACUAACUUCAGUAGCCAUUGCAAAAGGCUUCCUUAAGGGAAUAAGAGUCGAAGAUGGAGAGCUAAGGAUCAGCCACUUGCAAUUCGCAGAUGACACAUUAUUUAUGGGUGAAGCAACAGAAAACAAUAUAUGGACAGUUAAAUGUAUCAUGAGAGCAUUUGAAAUGGUGUCCGGCUUGAAGCAUACAAGAUAUGGGCCAAUGGACAGAAGGGUGCUUGAGCUGGAGAUUACAGUGGAGAAGAACACUUUGAGCUUGGGAAGAGGACUCACUACAAAAAUUGCUCGAGGCCAUAAAGGACAUAAAGCUGGUGCAAAAUGCUGAGGACACAUGGAGCUGGAAACUAGUAGAUGGGGGUACGAAAUUGAAGGGUAUACAUAUCUUGUUAAAGACUCGGCUUGUUCUUAUCCAUGUGCGUAUAUAUAUGGCCCCCUUUCAUUUACUGCCUUGGCUUGCCUAAAGAGAUAAUUGCUUUUGACUGGACGAUGUUUCUGUCAUUUUAGACGACUCUUCUCUUCACGUUGCUGAUUGGUUUUUGUCACUGUCUCAGGAAUAUGUUCCGUUUCAUACCUUUAUGUUAUGGUACUAAGGUAGUUUGCCCAUACCUUGAGCCCUCAGUCCCCUCAUCCUGCCAAACGGCUUCUUCCAAUCUGCAUUUCAGCUGAAAUGGGUGGGCAAUGCCCUGGUUUGGAAAUCUCCAUGUAAAUUUACCAAGAAUCAAUGCACUGAUUCUCU